AAAUGCCCAGACGGGAAAGUGGGGGGAAAGUGUCCGGACUGGAAGGGGGGGAAAGUGUCCGGACUGGAAGGAGGGGAAAGUGUCCGGACUGGAAGGGGGGUGAAAGCGUCCGGACUGGAAGGGGGGGAAAGUGUCCGGACUGGAAGGGGGUGAAAGUGUCCGGACUGGAAGGGGGGGUGAAAGUGUCCGGAUUGGAAGGGGGGGAAAGUGUCCGGACUGGAAGGGGGUGAAAGUGUCCGGACUGGAAGGAGGGGAAAGUGUCCGGACUGGACUGGAAAGGACUGGAAGGGGGGGAAAGUGUCCGGACUGGAAGGGGGUGAAAGCGUCCGGACUGGAAGGGG